AUGAACUAUCUUUUGCACCGGCAGCAAACUCCCGGAGCGGUUAUACCCGUUUCGGACGAGCUGAAAAAACUUAUGAGCGAGUUCAGCCGCGAAGUGCUUCGUAAUCAGCCAAAGGAUGUGAUCGGUUUCAUUGCCGACUACCUGGAAGCCAAGUUGAUUCGACGAGAAAAUCAGGCCGUUGCGAACAAAACCGUUGACAAUGUGCUGGACAUUAGUCUGGACAUCAUCGAGUUACUGAAAGAGUGUGAGCUAAGUAGUGAUGCUGCCGAACGCGCCGUCCGAAUGAUAAGGGAGGCCUUUCACAAGCAUUUUAAAAUACGCACUGCAGACGAGAAACUGCGAGAAGCUUUCCGAGAGUCUGAAGUGAUGAAGAGACUAGUGGAGGAAUGUGGCUUCACGGAAGAACAAGCAGUGAAGGCAGGAAAGAUCAUCGAGAGAGCUUAUAAAACAUACUAUCUACGGAAUGUCUACAAAGAUUAUCACGGGCCAGCGGUAACGAGUGAUUGGCAAGAUGCGGCAAAACAUACACUUCAAAUCUACGGUGCAAGCGGUGCGACACCGGAAGAAAUGGAACGAGCGGCAGUCCGAAUACAAGCGGCGUACCGUGGAUACUAUACGAAAAAACAGCAAGAGCUGAAUCGAAAAGCCGAGGUGAUUCAGAAAGCAAUUCGCAGUCAUCAAGUGAAGCAGGUUGCCACCGGAGUACUGGAGCAGCUAAUUGAUGACGUGGUCGAUCCGAAGAUCUCUGGCCGCGAGGAGGUGAUGCGUAUUGUGGAUAUGGUUCUUAACGACUCCGCUUGCUCAACAAGCUCAGAAAAAAAGGUGUUUGACGAAGCUGCCACUAAAAUUCAGUCGGUUUUUCGGGGAAAGCAGGCGCGUAAGGAAGUUUUCAAAAAAGUCGAGAAUGAUAAAAUCGAGCGCGAGAUAAGGAAAGUAUCGUUGGUUGCACAAGCCAGCAACAUAACUGAUGAUAACCUUGAAAAGGCGGCUACCUUAGUGCAGUCGGCUGCGCGAGGUCAUCUAACCCGUCAAAAGAUUCAGAAGGAGAAAGCCGCCAUCCAGAUGCAGAGUUUGGUUCGAGGCCACCUUGUACGAAAGCGUCUAGCCGAAAAGUCGCCGCCAGCAGAGAACAAGUAACAAAGCUGCCACGUCAGCAGGGAUAGAGCUUGCAGCCGUGGAACGUCGUGGAAACUAACAACCAAAUUGUCAAUAGCUUUCCUGGAACUCAUAACUUGCCGUAGAUUCUCACGCUCCAAAUGCAUGUUUUGGAAGCCAUGUUGACGCUACUUGUCGCAAUGUUGUAAGGAAUUUCAGCAUGCCAGCGACAGAAGACGAUAAGAUUUAAUGCCCUAACACUACACAGUUAAUCGCAGCCACACAUCGCUUGCCGGCUGGAAGGAGCAAAUACAUUGCGUGAACAUUUACGGUCAUAUCUCAAAGAGAUGACUGCUUUAUUUUCUUUAUGGAAAACUUGGAACCACGGUGGCCUUGUGGGUAGAAGUGUUGCCAAUUUUUUUUAUGAACAACUUUAUGCUUUAGUUUUAUUUUCGUUGGCUAGUUGACGAGUUACACCGCAGAUUUAUUAUACCGGAUUCACUUCUCUCCGGUUACGUUAUGAGAGUGAAAUAGCCAUAAAUAAUUUAAUUACCAUUUGGCUGAGCAGACCGUUGCUUCUUUAUACAGUACGGUCGUUCGGUGUGAGGUGGACUUUUUUACGACAUUUUCUUAGCGUGGCUCGUAAAGAUUGCGUCCGAGUGCUUGUCGCGUUUGGUGGUGUCUUUUUAAUUAUUUUUGGUCAUUUUUCAUACUGUUACCUAUAUGUGUACGGCAAAAGAAUAAGCCGUCAAUUAUAGUGCGAUAUUCGGGUGCCCGGGAGUAGAGUGUAACAGCCGAGAAGGCCAAAGGUGGAUCCAUUUGUCCACCCGAACCGACGGGUUUCGUGCCUGUCACUAGACGUGACAAGGUGGCACCUGAAAUGUUUGUGAUGGUGAUACCGCAAAAUAUGCUCAUUGUUUGUGACUAGGUUGUGAAUUUAAUGGCGAAAUAAAAGAAAACGUUAGU